GGCGUGGCGUCUCUGGCGCUGGCCCUGUCCGCCAACGCCGCCACCGUCAAGAUGGGUGCUGACAACGGCGCCCUGGUGUUCGACCCCUCCUCCGUGACCAUCGCCAAGGGCGAGUCCGUGACCUUUGUGAACAACGCCGGCUUCCCCCACAACGUGGUCUUCGAUGAGGAUGAGGUGCCGUCUGGCGUGAACGCUGAUGCCAUCAGCCACGAGGACUACUUCAACGCCCCCGGCGAGACCUACUCGGUCAAGCUCGACACCGCUGGCGCGUACAGCUUCUACUGCGAGCCCCACCAGGGCGCUGGCAUGACCGGCAAGAUCACCGUCAACUGAGCUUGUGCCCCUCUUCCUUGUUGAGAGACCAAGCCAGCACUUCACAUUCACACGCCGCCAUUCGGAUGACUUCCCCCGCCCCACACUUCGCUUGCUAACGUUAUGGGUGUAAACACACCAGCCC